AUGAAAACUGAUGUUUCGCUGGCACCGAUCCGCAAGAGUGGCCAUCAUCGUUUCCCCCUCGCACAGACACGAGCGCUGCCCAACCUUUUGCGACAGAAGCCGUACAAAGUAUCACCAUCGGAACGCAAGGUGAUCGACGACGAAGUCCGCGAACUGCUAGAAAGGAAAUCGCAAGACGUGCGGCAGUUGUUAAUGACCAUUAACGGAAAGCUUGACCAGCUGUUGCCACUCCGAGAGGUAGCUGAAGGCAUUGAAGACACUUUACAAUUUCUGAGCGAACAGUACGAUGAACUGCAACAACGAACGGAGCGAAAUGAAAAUGAGAUCAAGGAUCUAAAACGCAGAACCGAAAGACUUGAGGGAAAUGAGAGCGAUGUCAACCAGCUUCACGCUGAAAUUGACCAACUUGAAUGGAGGAGCCACCGCCUAAACCUGGAAUUUCAUGGGAUUCAACACUCUGAAAAAGAAAACCUGCUCGAAAAGCUAAACGACGUAGCCGUGCAGCUCGAACUUUCACAGCUCUCAGAAAAUGACGUUGUUUCAGUUCAACGGCUGCCGUCAAAGAAAGAAAAGAUACCGGGUAUAAUCUGUCGCUUCGCGAAACAAGCAGAUAGGGACCGCUGGUGGAAAAGCAGACGGAAGUUGCGUGAAUCGAAAGACAAUGUAUUCCUGCUUGAAAAUGUCACGAAAAGGACCCGCGAUUUGCUCUUUCAGACAAAGAUAUGGGCGAAGCGAGCAAACUACAAAUAUGUGUGGCACAGCAACGGCCGCGUUCUUGUCCGAAAAACCGACGGUGAACGCGCAGUAGCUGUUUCUACCGAGAGGGAUCUUGAUAAACUCGCUUAA